AUGGAUUCCAGUGCCUCUUCUUCUCACGAUGAUUUAGACCUAGAAAUGAGUCACCAGAUCAUCAACCCCACCCGUCCUCCCGACAUCAAUCUCCCUCUCUCGGAUGAAAGAACCUCCCCACCCUCAUGGAAUCAAGAUCAGUGUGAAGUUCUCGAUGUUGGAGUCGGACUAGUCUCACAGCUAUACGAAACUGAAAGCUUCCUAAACGGAAACGUCCCUAAAGUUGGAAGAAAGUGUGCGAAAAGAGUAGAUAGCAUAUGGGGUGCUUGGUUUUUCUUCAGUUUUUACUUUAGGCCAGUCCUGAAUGAGAAAUCCAAAUCCAAGAUUGUAAGAGACAGCAAUGGGGUUUCCGGGUUUGACAAAUCAGACCUCAAUCUUGAUGUCUUCAUGGUCCAACACGAUAUGGAGAACAUGUACAUGUGGGUUUUCAAAGAAAGACCUGAAAAUGCAUUGGGGAAGAUGCAGUUAAGAAGUUACAUGAACGGGCAUUCAAGACAAGGGGAACGCCCCUUUCCUUUCAGUGUUGACAAGGGUUUUGUUCGAUCUCAUAGAAUGCAAAGAAAACAUUACAGAGGCCUCUCAAAUCCUCAAUGUGUCCAUGGAAUUGAAGUUGUCCCUUUGCCUAAUCUAACCAUACUCGAUGAAGAUGAACUCAAAAGAUGGACAGAACUUACUGGAAGAGAUUUAAAUUUGUUGAUCCCAUCUGAAGCUAGUGAUUUCAGUUCAUGGAGAAAUCUUCCAAACACCGAAUUCGAACUUGAAAGGCAACCUGUAACAAGAAGCAACAACAAUUUAAACUCUCAGUCAAAGAAGUUGCUGAAUGGGUCAGGGCUAAAUCUGUCAACUCACACCAAUGGGGAUGCUGACCUGUCACCCGUCAUCAAGAAAAGGAAAGACCUGUUGGAAGAUAUCUGUUUGACUGUUAAUAAUCAUCCUCCUGAUGGGUUACCAAACCCAAACCCAAACCCAAACCCAAAUGAGCCGUAUUGGUUGAAUGAGUUUUCUGGGGUUGUGAGGAAUGCGUGUGGGCCCGUGACAGCUGCAAAGACAAUAUAUGAAGAUGAAGAAGGUUACUUGGUUGUUAUAAGUUUGCCAUUUGUUGAUCUUCAAAAGGUUAAAGUGUCUUGGAGGAAUACCCUUACACAUGGCAUUAUUAAGGUUUCUUGUAUAAGUGUUUCUAGAAUGCCAUUUGUAAAAAGACGUGAUCGCACCUUCAAGCUCACUGAUCCGUGUUUAGAACACUGCCCUCCUGGGGAAUUUGUGAGAGAAAUUCCACUGUCUACCCGAAUUCCUGAAGAUGCAAAUAUAGAAGCUUAUUAUGAUGGACCAGGGUCAGUGUUGGAAAUUUUGGUCCCAAAGCUUCGUGAAGGGCCUGAAGAACAUGAAGUGCGGGUUUGUCUUCGGCCUCAUCUUGUUGGUAAUGAACUUAAGUUGACUUGA